GCAACAGCAUUAGCGCCGUCGUCUCAUAUUUUGCAGGUCUUUUGCGUACUUUUAUUUCGGUGAAAAUUCAUGUUGUUUAAUCAUGAACUUGUUUGUGCUAAGUGAAAUCUAAUAGUUCAUUCAUUUCAUAAAUUGUCGAAUCCGUUAUGGUAUUAUGGAUAAGUCUAUCCCUAAACAAUCAAUAUGGGUGAAUUAAAUUCAUCCGAUUGUUCCUGGAAGAAAAUUGUGAUAGCGAAAGCAAAUAAUGAGUGGAUCUCGAAGUGCUAACAAAAUCUGACUAUAUCGAAAAAUGGACAACACAAUGAGCAGUACAAAAUUGAAUUUAGAAUCUGAGCCAAUAUCUUAUGAUAUGAAUGUGAAAAGGGAAAACGAAGAGACAAGCAGUGAUAGAAGUUAUGAGACCGAUGAUCCGAUGUUAAUGACACAAAAUCUAGACCCACUUGAACUGAUCACUCCUGAUAAACGAAGAACUCGUAAAGAUUCUGGUCGUAAAUGUGAGUCCCCUGAUGAGCGAGCGUCGCGGUUAGCGAAGAUGUCAGCAUAUGCGGCACAGCGACUCGCUAAUGAAUCACCGGAUCAACGCGCCAACAGGCUGCGGCGUAUGUCUGAAUACGCGGCGAAAAGAUUAUCACUGGAGUCCAGUGAACAAAGAGCCAAACGCCUCUCUCGGAUGUCAGCAUAUGCUGCCAAGAGAUUGGCAAAUGAAUCCCCAGAGCAGAGGCAGGCGCGACUAGCUAGAAUGUCUGCCUAUGCUGCCCGGAGACAAGCCAUGAAGAAAGUGGCCAGUCCUAGCACUUCUGAUGAUUGUCAUUCUGAAAAUUCUAACUACAAUAACAUAAAAACAAUGUCUAACCAAAGCUGAGAGUAACUUUUAUUCUGAGUUCAU